UAGUCAAUUCAUUUUCUCAUUCACGACGUCCUCUUCGAUAUUUCCGCGCUUCCCCGUUUCCCGAUCAAAGUAUGUGUCCCACCGGCCGAACCCUAGCGUCGACGACGUUGACCUCUUCGUCCUCGUCCUCCGACCUCCGCCCCGCAUUCGACGUCCUCGACGCCGACCGCGACGGCAAGAUCAGCAAGGACGAUCUCCGCACCUUCUACGCCGGAUUCUCCAGCUCCGGCGCCGACGAGAGCCUCAUCCGGGCGAUGAUGUCCGCCGCCGACUCCAACUCCGACGGCUUCGUCGAGUACGAUGAGUUCGAGCGCGUGCUCGCCUGUCAGAAACCCUCGGCCGCUGGCGGCGUCAUGGAGGACGUGUUCAAGUUCAUGGACCGCGACGGCGACGGCAGGCUCAGCCACGAAGAUUUAAAGAGCUACAUGAACUUGGCUGGGUUUCCGGCCACCGACGACGACAUUGCGGCCAUGAUCAGAUUGGGCGGCGGCGAUGAAACUCAAGGCGUCGACUACGCCGGGUUGCUGAAGAUCCUGGCCGUUGAUCAAGUCAGCUAGACUAGGUUAGAGUCUUUGUUCAAUAAUGUAAUUUCCAGCUAUGAGGAUAUUUUUGAGGUAAAGUGGGAAACAAAAUUAUUGUUCUUGUUUGAAUCUGAAUCUGAUGCCAAAACAAAACAAAGUUUCUGGCCGUGUUUAAUCUUGGGUCGGUUUGUUGAAUUUGUUUGUUAGCUAAUGCUUCUUGGCUGGCUCCAAUUAUAUUGUAGAAAAAAGGAGGGUAUCUUUUUGGAUGUUUCCUUUACCUCGUCA